CAUUCACCGCCAAAAGGUGUUGUUCCCUUAAGUUCCCUCUCUUCAUUUCUUUGUUCUUUUUCUUCGUUACAGCUACUCUUACCGUUUCCGUUCCGAAUCCUAACCUUCCAUGGCCUCCGAGAAUCUCUCCGCCGACGACGCCACCAACGGCUUCACUCGGCCGGAGAUGUACACGGAGAACCUCUCCGGUACCGUCGACGCCUACGACCGCCACGUGUUCCUCUGCUACAAGAGCCACGAGUCCUGGCCACCGCGCGUGGAGGCCUCCGACGCGGAUCCUCUUCCCAAGCUCGUUGCAGCGACUUGGAAAGCUCGCAAGAACGAUAUCGCGGUCAAGACGAAAAUUACGGUGUGUGAGGCGCGUGAGGAGGCUGGCUUCUCCGACGGUGACGUGUUGAUUUUCCCCGAGAUGAUCAAAUACCGGGGUUUGGAGGAAUCAAAUGUUGAUAGCUUUUUUGAAGAUGUUUUGGUGAAUGGUAAACCAUGGGCUGCUGGAGUGCCGGAGGUGUUGACCGGUUCGCAUGUUUUUGUAUGUGCUCAUGGAAGUCGUGAUGUGAGAUGUGGUGUUUGUGGACCGGUUCUCAUCGAGAAGCUUAAUGAGGAAAUUGAGCUCCGAGGGUUGAAGGAUCAGAUCUUUGUUACUGCUUGUUCUCAUGUUGGUGGGCAUAAGUAUGCUGGGAAUUUAAUCAUAUACAGCCCAGGACCAGAUGGAAAAAUUAUGGGUCACUGGUAUGGCUAUGUUACUCCUAAUGAUGUUCCUGAAUUGUUGGACCAACAUAUUUCAAAGGGAGAGGUCAUCCAACGAAUUUGGAGGGGCCAGAUGGGGCCAUACAUUGUGGAAGUUAAUGAAGCAUAUAACCAGAAACUUGCUAAUGGGGAGGAUACCAGUGAGGGCAAGAAGCAUCACAUUGAAAGUGACAAUCUGAGCAUCAAAGAAAAUGUGGCUGGUUGUUGCCAGGGUGUUAAUGGGGUUUCUUGUUGCAGAACUGCAAGUCUUGAGCAAAACAAUGGGAUUGAAGAAACAACUCAAGCACAUAAAAAGCAGGGGAGCAAAAUCAGUUGGAAUUGGCCUGUAUUGCAGGAGCAUGAUAUUCUCACUGCUGUUGGUGUUCUUGGAGCUGUGGCAGCUGUGACUGUGGCUUACAAACUUUAUAGAAGGUCAGGUUGAUUUACCCUGAGUAUUAGGUUGCUUGGGAGUUUGUAACCCUGAAUUUUUUUGUUUUUGUUUUUUUCUUUUUUGUUGAGGUACAAUAAGAUAAAGAAAUAACUAUGAAAACCAUUUCUACUAAGUCAUAGAUAGACUCUUCCAUGUGUUGGUUGGAAGUAUAGUAUUAGUCUAGCAACAGAUAUAGUGAUGCAAACUUUAUUGUUCUUUUUAAAUUCAACACAAUUAUGUUGGUUAGCGCUGCUGGACGUUCCAGUAUGCUGUGUUUCUUUC